UGAAAGGCCAUGGGCUUUGGGCGGCGGCCCGAUAGGUCGUCACUCUCAGAGAAUGGCACCGAUUCUAGGGAAGGCUUUAGCCCUGCUCCAUUCGAAUCAUGCUCAGGGUUGCCUCCUGUGUUCCCCGCCUCCCUCUCCGAAGUAAUUGUCAGUCAGAAAGAGACAAACUACAUGAUCCACGUAGCAACUUCCAAAUAUUAAAGCUUGAGUGUCAGGCUGAAUGUUGGUUUUUGAGAUUUGAGUUUCCCAAUGAACUGAAAGCACAAGCUUUAUUGUCUCCGGCAGAAUCUGUUUGAGCAAAAUGAGCACAAAGGCAGCACUCAUUUGUCCAAAGUUUAUUCCCGUGGAACAUCAUGAAAUUACUUCAACAGGCUUCAAAUUUCGACUUGUUUCUUACAACAUUUUGGCGCAGGCAUAUGCAAAGAGCGAGCAGUUUCCACACUCUCCAUCACCCUGUCGCAAGUGGAAAACUCGUUCUCAGGCAAUUUUGACUCUUCUCAAGAACCUUGGGGCAGAUUUCCUUUGCUUGCAGGAAGUGGAUGAAUAUGAUACAUUUUACAAAGUAAAUAUGGAGACCCUUGGCUAUGCAAGUAUCUAUGUACAGAGGAGCGGCAAGAAGCUUGAUGGGUGUGGGAUUUUUUAUAAGAAAAACAACGCAGAGUUGGUCUUAGAUGAAAAAAUAGAAUACAAUGAUCUUGCAGAGUGUAUUGAAGAUGAAACAACUUUACAUGUGGACAAAUAUAAUGACACACUAGCCAGUGGGAGUAAAGAGAUUGAACCAAAAGAAGAUUUACAGCAGAAAAAUGCCGAUGGACUUUGUGGAGAUCCCAAUGAUCCUCGUGUAAGAUUAAAACGUGAUUGUGUUGGUAUCAUGGCUGCAUUUAAACUCAAGGAUGCUUCUAGUCAUGUUAUUAUUUUGGCAAACACACAUCUUUACUGGGAUCCAGAUUGGGCUGAUGUAAAGCUUGCACAGGCUAAAUACCUUCUUUCACGCUUAGCACAAUUUAAAACACUAGUAGCUGAAAAAUUUCAAUGCACGCCUUCUGUAAUGGUGGCUGGUGACUUCAAUUCAACACCUGGAGAUAAGGUAUACGAAUACAUGAUUUCGGGAAGCUCUUCAAUGGGAUCACCUAACUGCGUUGAAGAUGUACCCAUGGGUCUAUGUAGUGUUUAUGCUUUUACAAGGGGAGAGCCAGCCUUCACAAACUGCACUCCGGGCUUCACUGGGACUCUAGAUUAUAUCUUCUUCUCUCCCUUAGGCGACGUCAAACCCGUCAGUUACCUUCAACUUCCAGAGCUAGAAUCCCCUGAUGUAAUUGGAGGGUUGCCAAAUUACCAUCACCCAAGUGAUCAUCUCCCAAUUGGCGUUGAAUUUGAAGUCAUCUAAAAUUACAUUUUAUUGAAGGCUCUGUCUUUUUUCUCUGAAAAUGAAUGUUACAUUUUAAUGUUAUAAUGGCACUUUAUCUACUA